CGCGGCAAGUGCACGUGCGUGAGAAAAUUCACGUACGUUGAACGUUUCAGUGAGAAGCACCCGGACGAGGGUUAAGGUUGUAGCGGUAAACAACAAUGGAAAAUCGUCUGUGGAGGUUAGAAGGACCAAGAGGAGGCACAUACGGAACUUUUGUUCUCCUUGAUGAGGGACAUACCUUAGGAAAUGCGCUCACUUCUGUGAUAGGUGAUUAUCCUGGUGUAAAAUUGUGUGGUUACACCAUACCUCAUCCGGCAGAAAACAAAAUACACCUUAACAUUCAAACGGACAGUGAAGAUGUGAUUGAGGUGCUGAGACGUGGUUUUCAAGAUCUGGAGAAAAUGUGCGAUCACACAAUUGAGACAUUUGACAAGGCUUACAAAAAAAAUAAAUCUGAAGAUGCGUCCAUGGAUACCACCUGAUACAAUCUAAUAGCCACUGGACACAGUUUUCAAUUAUUUCGCUGUACACGUGAACAAUUUUAUUGCUAGAAUUUUUAUAUGUUUUUAUAUUUAAAACACACACACACAAUAUGUUUACUUACACGUGUAUAUGUAUAUAGAUACAUGGUAGA